CAUGAUUGCGGAUACAGAUUUUGGGUUAGGUUCGCUUGUGUUAAUAGUGGCAACUCUUGCUGUCUUGGGUGUAAUGAAGAACCCCAAGAACUUAUACAGAGAGUAAUUAUUUCCAAACGUACAGAAGACAGAAAAUUAGGCCUACACCACAUGCACGGCAGUGCGGUAUCACAUACACUGAGAAAUCUUAAUCUGGGAUGUCACGCAAAGGGCGCGAAAUUGUGUAAAUAUUUAAAAUUCGCCAACAGGCAAUCAUUUCAAGAGUGUUAUGAUGGGAAGAAGCUUUUAGCCACGCUCUCCCAGUAACACAACAACUUACACCUCACCUAGUAACAUAGACUGACACCUCAGUCCUUUUUUAUUACCUGUCAGAAUUUCAACAAUAGAGCACAUAGACGUUCCCACGCUACUCCUCAAUAGACAUGCAAGGGCAUGGGAAAAUACAGCCUGCGUUCACAUAUAGACUCCAUUUUUAUCACUUCAAUGGGACGAGUUUAUUGCCAUUUACAUGAACUGCGGUGCAUCAGGACAGGCUUUCUGUCACCUUGAAGGCGUUAAGAUAUAUAAAAAAUAAUGUAGAUAUGAUUACUUGUCAAAUUUCUCUCAGUCUUUCCUUUUCCUUUAGGCAUAUUUUAGCGAAGCAUAUCCAGUGAACAAACAGCUGUAGAUUUCCGCGGGAACUAUCGCGGCUAGACACGUGCUGUUUGCGUAUUACAGAUUUGGCAUUAGCCCAAUCUUUCAAACUUCGAUGACUAGGAGCUGGGAACAAACUGUGCACGAGCGCUUCAAUGAUUAGUCUGUGACAGAGAGUGGGCGUGGCUUAUCACCACGCGCCUGGAAUGCCUAUAAAUACCUGCGCUCAGCUUCAGACUGCAUCUCACAGUUGUCUGCGCGCCUCGAGGAGAGCUCUUUUCCCAGCAUACCUAAUAGAAGAAAACUUUACUGGAUAUAAACAUUGCUUGGAGUAGACGUGCCAUGAAAAUCCUUGGAGAAACUGAGACCAUUAAAAUGGACAGAAAGCUGUUGAAGCCUCAGGUAGAAAGACGAAGAAGAGAAAGGAUGAAUCGCAGUCUGGAGAACCUGAGAAGUCUUCUUCUGCAAGGCCCCGAGCACAAUAGUCCUUCUCAAAGAAGAAUAGAGAAAGCAGAGAUCCUGGAAUACACUGUCCUGUUUCUGCAAAACUCUGUCGCUCAGGCCAAGAAAGCAAAGGACGCGGAAGGAGGAGAAAAACGUCAGUUUAUGGACGGCUUUUCUUCAUGUCUUCAGAAAGCGGCCCGUUUCCUGUCAGAUGAAGGUGAUGCCCGUGGACUGGAAGCAACACUGUGUCAGCGUCUGACUCAACCCUGCAUGUCAACCAGCAUCAGACUGCCUGUCAGAGUCCAGAACUCCUCCAGAACGCAGCUUCCAGAUUCACAGAGCUCUGUUUGCAAACAAGGACUUCCAUCAGCUUGCAGGAACGUUGUGUCACACUCUAACAGGAAUCCAUUCAGAAGCACAGACUCCAACACACUGCAUGCGACAGCCCGGCCAACCUCUCAGCACCAAGAGCCAGUCAGACAGACAGUCUGGAGACCUUGGCCUUGAGAGAGAUCAAGGCAGAGAAAUGGACUCAAAAUAGCGGGCUUGUGCAAUAAGACAUGUUUAUUUCCACAAAAAAUGUUGUGCAAUGAUUUUAUCAUCUGACAUCACAUUGGAAAUGUAAAAUGUGUAAAUAGUUUAUGAUAAAUUAUGGCAAUAUAUUUUUACACAGAUUUUUGUUUUGUUUUUUUGCAUGAUCUGUAGGCUACUGGGUUGUAUGAUCAUUUGUAAUGCAUAACUGAUGUAAGCCUAUGUAUUUAUCUAUUUUGCACAUUUAUUUAUUCGUGACAUUCCCUUUUAUGCUCAGAUAUGUAUAUUUUGGAGAUUGAAACAAAUACAUUCCAUCAUUAAAAUUUUAAAAUGAA